GGCAGUUGCUUGAGUCCAAGAAGUGGCGAGAUGGCGACGGCAAGGAUGUGCUCCAUGCUGGCACGUGCCUCAGGAGGUGCAAGAGCUGUCCGACUUGAUGUCCGAAAUGAAGGAGCAAGGGCUGCCUCUUGUCCGCCUUUGCACAGGGCGCGGGCCUUCGCCAACCGAGGAGGAGCCCUCGCGGCGAUGAGAAACAUCCGUCCGCAGACAGGGCAGGAAGCCGCCGCUUGGAUCCAGUCCAAUCUUGCGACGUACUUCGCGCGGCCAACCAAAAGCACCUACCGCUCGAGCGCGGCCUGGGCUCUGAGGCAGAUGGACGACCGCUUUUCCAUACUUCGACCCGACACUGUAGUCCUCGAUCUUGGCUGCUUCCCUGGUGGCUGGUCUGAGGUGGCCGUGGAGAGGGCGCAGGCCUCUUGCUCUUCUAGCAGAGUCAUCGGCGUCGAUUCCACCCACAUGGACCCCCUGGAGUACCACACCUUCAUCCAGGGAGAUGUGGCCAAGCAGGGGACCGUUCGAAGCAUCAUCGAAGCGCUUGGAGGGACGAAGGCAGAUGUUGUCCUAUCAGACCUCGCCCCACGCGUGACAGGUCUCAAGCAGGAAGACCACAUUAACUCAAUGCAAUGCUCGCUGUAUGCUGCCAAGAUAAUGGAUAAGACAUUGCGACUCGGUGGUUGGUUCGUGGUACGAAGCAUGUUCGGCGCGGAGCAGGACCACUGGAGGACGUAUCUCAACUCGCGCUUCGACACUGUGCGCACCAUCCGGCCUGCAGCGUCGAGGUCACAGUUUGGUGAGAUGUUCCACAUCUGCAGUGGCUUCAUCGGCCGGCAGAGUAUCGCCUCGGAGGUACAAGUGGAAGGCAACGACCUCUCCAAGUACGAAGGUGUUGAGGAGUGGCAGGGCGAGCUGCAGUGGCUGAGGGGGCAAGGCCUCCUGGAUGAAACCGACUACAUCCCUCCGAAGGAGGAAGCUCUGAAGGAUCCCAAGACCUGA